CCGACUCGUAAACGUAAUAAUAUCAAAGUCUAAUUUCUGACGAUAUGUUAUCGUUCUUUUCAAAGCUUUCAUUAAGCAACUCGCAGAAGCCGCCGGAGGAAGUCGCUACGCCCGCUUAUAUGGACAAAAGUGCAACAUUAGAGGAACUUGGGUACAAGGACAAUAAUGAGUUGAGAGAGACGAUUUAUGACUUUUUGCGGACGAUACGGGACCCGGAGAAGCCUAGUACUUUGGAGGACCUGAAAGUCGUCUAUGAAGAAGGAAUUUUCAUCAAGGAGUCAACGGAGGACAAUGUUCCCGUGUUGAGAGUAGAGUUUAAUCCUACCGUUCCCCACUGUUCCUUGGCUACGCUAAUUGGACUCUGUAUUAGAAUAAAGAUACAGCGAUCGCUUCAUCAUCCUGUCAAACUGGAUAUUUUCAUCAAGAAAGGAGCACAUACUACUGAAGAUGAAAUCAACAAGCAGAUCAACGACAAAGAGAGGAUUGCAGCUGCAAUGGAGAACCCAAAUCUCCGGAACCUCGUAGAAAGCUGCAUAGCUGAUGAAGAAUAACUUAACAUAUACCUAAUUUAGUGGUGAAUAUAUCCUGUAAAC